AUGGCGUCUGCGCUUGCGAUUGGCUUCGGUGUGGCUGCUGCCGCCUUCUUCGGCAGGGCUGGUCUUGUCGCUCUCCGCCGACACCGUGGCGGAACGAAUGCGCUGGGUCGCGCGUUCUACAAGGGUGGAUUUGAGCCCAAGAUGAACAGGAGGGAGGCUGCUCUCAUCCUCGAGCUCCCUGAGAGAGGCCUCUCCAAGGAGCUCAUCCGCAAGAAGCACAGGCAGCUCAUGCUGCUGAACCACCCUGAUCGCGGCGGAAGCCCGUACCUCGCCACAAAGGUUAACGAGGCGAAGGAGUUCUUGGAGAACAACCGCACAUAA